AUGAAAAGAAUGUUAAGCAGAAAGCCAAAAUGGGAACUGAACUGAAUCAUAUUCCAGAAAAGGAUUACAAGAAAAUCAAAGAAAAUCCAUCUAGAUUAAAUAUUCCAACUUUCUCUGACGAAUUUUUAACCAACCAUGAUCAUAGAAGAAAUUUAAAAAUAAAUUCUCCCGAGCGCUUAAAAAUCAAAAAUGAAAACAGAAUCUUUCUUGAGAAAUAUUGGAAGGUUGAUGAGUUAAUAACUUUUUGGUAUGGAAAGUAUUUAUAUAAAGGGAUUGGUGGUAACAAAGAUGAAAAAACAGCAAAGUUAUAA